CGUAAACAAAAUACCUAUUACGUCACUGAUAUAAAAAGAAGAUGGAGCGUUUUGUUUUCGCGAGCCAGAAGUCUUACGCGGCGAAAAAUAAGUUGUCGCGCGCUGUGCCCGCUCCCGUCGCGUCGUAAAUCGUUUUUUUCGGGCGGAUCGCGAUCCUAGCCUGACGAAUUCGCGGUCCGACAUUAAUGUCAUUGCGUGUCUCGGCAUUUUCAAGGUUAAAAGCCUCCGCGAAGAUAUCGAUUGCACAUAGAUGGUCCCAGGUGCCCGCCGGAUCUUCCCGUAGCUGUGAUUUGCGAUCUGCGGGUACUCACCACACGCCGGGAUGACGAUGCAGCAGUACUGCCUCCGCUGGAACAACCACCAGCCCAACUUUAUAUCUGUCUUCUCUAGUCUGUUGAACAGUGAAUCUCUCGUGGAUGUUACGCUCGCCGCCGAAGGGAAACACCUUCAGGCGCACAAGGUGGUGCUUUCCGCUUGUAGCUCGUAUUUUCAGUCCCUGUUUACCGUAAACCCGUGCCAGCACCCGAUCGUGAUACUGAAAGACGUGAAAUUCGUCGACCUGAAGACGAUGGUCGACUUUAUGUACUACGGCGAGGUGAACGUGAGCCAGGAACAGUUGCCGUACAUCCUGAAGACGGCCGAGAUGUUGAAAAUCAAAGGCCUGGCCGAGAUACCGGUCGAUCAAACCCUUCAGAAGACCCACGGCGCGCCGGUCGAGAAGGCCGAGCUCCUCACCCCGGGCGAUUCAAACUGGAGCUCAGACGGUAUGCUCGCGCAGUCCUCGACGCCGUCGCCCUGUCCCCUGUCGCCCGCGAGUCGCAGGAAAAGGCUAAGGAAAUCGUCCACCGGCUCUGGGUCCGGCUCGACGGAACGCCCAAUAGAAGAGCAACCUGCUGACGUGAUGAACGUCAACGUACUCAGCUCGGUAAUCAAAUCAGAUCCAGGCAGUUACUCGUCGGACAACUGCGGCGCCCUGGGGCUCAAAACCAAGCAGCACAGCAGCGACUCGGAACAACUGCAGAGGGGCAGCUCCCACGAGAGCGUGGAGGGCGAGACCCUCCAUCAAAUCUCGCUGCAGGUGCCCCAGCAGCACCAGCAGCAGCCAGACAUGACGACGAUGCCCCACGGCAUGAACGCUUCGUCGUCGGUCGACAUUUCGGGGGGCGGAGCGCCGCAGACCUCGGUCGCAGGCAUCCAGUGGAACAUCGUCGAGCAGCAGCAACAGCCACAGCAGGGUUACGCGGGGCAUUUCAACGCGUGCCCGCCGCCCGAAUCGGCCGCCCCCGCAGCGCCGCCCGACCCUCCGUUUAACCCCGACCCGGCGCAGGGUUACGUCGGUCAGGGGGGCGGUGGCGGCGGUGGUCCCGCGCCGAUGACGCAACAAAAGCGCAAGCGCAGCGUCAACCCCCAAGCGGACGAGAAUUUCAUAAGGGCGCUGGAGGCGGUCCGGUUCGGCGGCAUCGGGUUCUGCAAGGCGGCGCGGAUGUACGGCGUGAACAAUCGCACCCUGUGGCUCGAGUACAAGAAACGGGGCUACCCGAAUUUCCGGCUGAGCAUAAAGAAUCGGAAACAGGAGGUGGCGGCGGCGUCGGGCGCCACCCCCGGUCCCGCCCAAGCGGAACCCGCGGCGUACGAGACGAAAUCCCACACGGGAGGGUUCGGCGACGGGAAAACGGCCGCGGGGAGCGGCGGCGGCGGCGAGCAGAUAUUGUGCACGAGCCACCCGGUAGCGCUGAUCAGCAGCAACUACUUCGAGGGCAAGCACGUGGAUGUGGGACCGAUGAUGCAGCGGCCCAAGUGGGACCCGGGACUCGUUAACCCGUCCGCGGCCGGCAUCAAUUUCCACAAUAUCACGUUCGAGCAUAUGUGAAGCUCCGGGCGGCGCGAGGGGCGCGGCUCAUAGACCGACCCGCGGUCCCGCCCAUAUCAGACCCCGGGGUUUCGCGCGUUUGGCCUACCGGCCGUCGCUCGCCCGCCGCCGUCCCCGUUCGUUUGAACUACUUUACCUUUUUUGAGGGUCGGAGCGUCGCGCUGCGGGCGAAUCGCUUAAUCUAGCACCCGAAAUGACAAUGUCAAUUGAUGAAUAUGAAGAUAAGGGUAUAUUUUGUGCUGAAAAUAAGAAAAUAAAAGCUAAAAUGGAAAUUGUCCGCACUGAAACGUGAACCAAAAAAUUUGCGACUAGUAAAGUCAGUAAAAACCGUUAAAGGUAACAAAUUUUUCCUUUCCGUUUCACUCCUCCUUCCUCCUCAGGAAUGUCAGAUCUCUAAUGCGUUAUCUUUUAUUCUUGUGAGUGCUUUUUUUUUUGUUCCCCUUCCUCUUCUUUGUAAUUUGCCGAACAAGAGGCGAACUGAAUUUGGUUAGUUUGGAUAUUUCCUAUGGUUGACAGACUUUUCUUUUUUACUCCAUGGUUACUAAGGGAAUGUCAUGUGUCUUACAUAAAUUUUGAUUCUUCUUCGUGGCUCUCUUAUGUAUUUUUGUGGGUGCUUUGUUAUUUCUUCUUCGUCAUUUGAGGAAGAAGCGGAACUGAAGUUGAUUGUCAUUUAGCACUACAUUUCUAUACCUUGCUGUUUCACUCCUUGGUUAGUUUACUAAGGGGAUACGUAAUAUAUCAUUUGAUAUUGUGGUUGGCUUCUUCUUCUUUCUUCUCGUCUUCCUUCGCCAUUUGGUGAAGUCAUUUAGAACUAGAUUACUAAUAAAUUCUUACUUUCUUUUUCACCCCGUGGUUAUUAAAGGGAUAUCUGAAAUCUCAGAUACAGCUUUUUUAUUAUUUUUUGUGGCUUUCUUAUUUAUUCUUGUGGGUGCUUUAUUUUUUGCCCCACUUCGUGUUCUUCGUCAUUUGAGGAGCGGUUAUCUAUAGAUAAAAAAAAUAAUACUUUCUGUUUCACUCGUUGGUUCGUUUACUAAGGUGAUAUACAGCAUUUUAUAUUCCCCUAAUCUUCUUCGCCAUUUGAUGAUGAAGAAUAGGAGUGAACUUGACUGUCCCUUGGUUACUAAGGGUAUAUCUAGGAUCUCCGGUUCAGCAUUUUCUAUUCACCGUUGUGGCUCUUCAUUUUUGUGAGCCCUUUGUUAUUUUUUUAUGUCGCCCUUCUUCUUCUUCUACGCCGUGCCGUGAGGAAGAAACCAAUUUCAUUUUAUGUGAGCUUGUGGGUCUUUGAAUUAGCUGGGCUAGUUAACAAUAACAGUAUAUAGCAUUUAAGGGGUAAUAUUCUCCGAUUAAAACUAAAUACUACUAUUUUGAAGUCUUUAAUAAUGGUGAAAUUAUUAUAUUAUCAUUGUUAUACAGUGUGGCUCAAACUGGAUAUUUGGGUAUUUAUAAUCUAUAGAAACAUCAGCUAAAUGGAUGCAAAUUUGCCACACUACACUGCUGAGGAAUGUAAAUAUUAAAAUUUACAAUUAAAAAGAUGAGGAAAUCAAAGUGUGAUUAAUUAUACAGAGAUGAUCUGAUCUUAUCUCGACCAAAUGGUUUUCUAAUACAAUCAAGUCUUAGCUGGAGCUGUUUAUGUGACCGCAUUUGAAUGACUGGAGACAAAAAUUAUAUUUUCGGACAUGCAAUUUUAAUAACAAAAUUAUAAAAUAGAAGAAUUUUUGUACUGAAAUGAAAUAAAUUAUUGUACGGAAAUCUUGAAAAAAAAUUAUACUGACGUCAUUUGACCACGAAAAUUUGAUUAGCUGGCCAUUAUUUUUAAUUUUGAGGUCCCAUUUCAGACUUUUGUCCGCAGCGCGCCGGUACGAUAGACCUACCGCGUCGCGUCCGCCAUUGCAUUUUUUCUAUCGCCUCGUUACCGUUGAUUAUAAUUUUUUAAUAUAAAUUUCUAUAUAUAUAUAUACACACACUGACCCACACAUUUAUAUGUUGUAUAAUUUUUUUGUGAACCCGAAAGCCAAUAAUAAACAUCUAGCGUGAAUCGUAGCGUCUUUCCGUAGCCUCCUAAACCUCGUUCUCGGUUCUUAAUUAGAUAAACC